CGCACUAGGCUUGUUCACUCGAAGCAUCGAAGAGUUCGAAGAGACAUUAGACGAGGUACGAGAUUGGCGCAUGCAAAUGCAGAUGCACAAGAAUAGCGGCAAUUCAUCUAAUACACCUACUACUCGCGGGCACGUACUAGUAGAAGAAGGAGUUAGCCACAAAGAUGCAGCUGGACCUGCUGGAGGUCUCGUUGUAUUCUACUUCGCAUCUACUUCGAGAACCACAGUGGUGCACGCAUCAAGAAGGAGGCUUCGGUUUGACAAAAGCCUCGGUCCGUUCCACAUAGAAGGAAACUGUUUCGGUGGAAAAAAUUCAGUCAUUUUCGACUGUGGUCCGUUAAUUUUGGGCGAAGGUGCAGAAGGGUCAUUUCAUAAUAUCGCUUUUGUGGCAGAGCCCUUGCUUGAGAUUGAUGCUGCAGUGUUCUACAAAUCAAAAGAUGAUCUUUUGUUCGAUGCCGAUGUUGAAGAUAGCAGAGACUUCAUUGUUGAAGAAGAUGGCAUCAACAAGGACAAGGAUAUUGACAAGGACAGGAGGGAUGAGCAGCAAGUACAAAGUAGUGAAGGCAAGGUAGUGGUAGAAGAAGCAGAAGAAGCGUCUGGGUCCAGCGCUGCAUCACCUGUACAAGAAAAAGCUGUAAACGAAAGGAACCAAGAACUAAGACCAGUUGGGUUACCAACGACCACAACAAGGCGCUCCUCUGGUCCUGGAUUUUUACGCUGCUAUACGACCACGACUAGUAUUGAAGAAGAAGUCUCGUCCCCCUCAAGUUCUAGACCUUCAGAGAGAAAGAAGAGCAGGCCAGUGGUAGAGUUCUCUCGCAGUUGCAUCCUCUUGAGGCGAAAUCGGCCUCGGCUAGUACAACAUUAUAGAAGAAGCAGUGACGGUCGUGAGCUUGCGAAAGAGGAUCAACAACAAAUACAAGAUGGGCAGAAGCGAAUAAUAGAGCCUGAAAAAGUGAAGGUAUCAAAUGCUGACCAGGAGGACGAUAAGGACAACAACUUGCUUCCAUUAUGGCUUUCGUAAUGAUCCUUGUUGUUCAAACUCAGUGGCGGUAUCGGUAGGUGCUAUAUCCCUAUUUGGGAUGCACAGAAUAGAAUGAAGUUCAUGUAGAUGAAGUGGGUUCGGGACACUCCUUCCGAGGAUGCCGCGUCCCACUACAAAAAUUUCAUCUCUAAUUCCAGCUCCCCUCCAACGAGUCGCGUCCAUAGCCAGUAGUAUUCCCGCUGCGCCGUCUGCUAGUAAUCUCAUUCGAAAGGGCUUCGCCUACAUGGAGGAUAAGGCUGAGAGGAUAAUGUCCGAAAUAUUAGGAAACGACGAGGAAGACCAUGACCACAUGAUGUUGGCGGAAGAUGAUGGAUUGAUGCAGGACGUUAUCGUACGACAAGGACAUCAUGACAGAGGUGGAGGAGGAGCGGGCGGUUUGUUCAGUGAUAGUGACGCAUAG